AUGCCUACUCCUGCUACUAUCAAGCUUAACAGCGGCUAUGACAUGCCCCGUGUCGGUUUCGGUCUCUGGAAGGUCGCAAAUGACACUUGCGCGGACCAGGUCUACAACGCUAUCAAGGCUGGUUACCGUCUGUUCGAUGGCGCUUGCGACUACGGCAACGAAGUCGAGGCUGGUCAGGGUGUUGCCCGCGCCAUCAAGGAGGGUAUCGUGAAGCGUGAGGAGCUGUUCAUCGUUUCCAAGCUGUGGAACACCUUCCACGAGGGUGACAAGGUCGAGCCGAUUGCCCGCAAGCAGCUGGCUGACUGGGGCGUCGACUACUUUGACCUCUACUACAUCCACUUCCCCGUUUCUCUGAAAUACGUCGACCCCUCCGUCAAGUACCCCCCCGGCUGGAGCCAGGGAAACGAGAUCGAGUUCAGCAACGCUACCAUCCAGGAGACCUGGACUGCCAUGGAGUCGCUGGUUGACAAGAAGCUCGCCCGCAGCAUCGGUAUCUCCAACUUCAACUCCCAGCUGAUCAUGGACCUGCUCCGCUACGCUCGCAUCCGUCCUGCUGUUCUCCAGAUCGAGCACCACCCUUACCUCGUCCAGCCCCGUCUGAUCGAGUACGUCCAAAAGGAAGGUCUCCGCGUCACUGCCUACUCUUCUUUCGGCCCGCUCAGCUUCCUCGAGUUCCACAUGGAGAACGCGGACAACUGCCCUCGUCUGUUCGACAGUCCUGUCGUCCAGCAGAUCGCCGCCAAGCACGGCAAGAGUGCUGCGCAGGUGCUGCUGCGGUGGUCUACCCAGCAGGACAUCUCUGUCAUUCCCAAGAGUGACAAGCCCUACCGUCUGGCUGAGAACCUGAACGUGCUCGAGUGGGAUCUCGAGGAGGCUGAUAUCAAGGCCAUCAGCGCCCUGGACAAGAACCUCCGAUUCAACGACCCCCUCAACUACGGCAUGUACGUGCCCAUCUUCUAA